UUUCAGUUCCUUGGGAAGUGGCAGAACAAAGACCUUACAAAGCCACCAUGGCCGAGUCGCAGCCCUCGGCUGAGGAUCCGGGCGAGUUCCAGAUCUUUGUUGCCACUUUGCACGGUGAACUGUUCACACUGUCGGUGUCUCCACAUGUCGCAGUGCAGGAAAUCAUUGACAAGCUGAAUGCGGAGGACCCCGGCCUGAGCCUGAGGUGGCUGUUGUACAGUGACAAGGUGCUGGAGGGCAAGAAGACCCUGCACGACUAUGGAAUCACCUCCAAACCAUCUGUGCACCGUGGGUCAAAGGUUCGAGGUGGUGGCGGUGAAUUCCAACCUGAACCUGGAGGUAUAGACUUAAACUUAGCCCUAGGGCUUCUGGACAUCUCUGGCAGCAGCGAUGAGGCCAAGAAAACCGCAAAGGCACUGCCAUCUUCAGAGGAGAAACGCAGCUUGGGAGUGUCUCCUCCCAUGGUCCCUAAGCUGGAGACCCAUGGCUGGCUGUAUGUGGGCUCACCACAGCGGAGAAACUGCUGGGCCUGCCAAGAUCGGGAUUUUCCAGAAGUGAUACCAACAAUAACCCAGGAGUCUUCGGAGCACAACCCCGUGUACCGAGCUGAGCUCCCUGGUGAAGGUGUCUACCAGUGCUCCAUCACAGGCCUCGCCUUUGAGGUGAAGUCGGCAGUGACCAUCACCUACAGAUACGCCAGCUGGACCACGCACCUGAGCGAGAUUGACCAGGGCACACUGAUACCCGCCGGACCCCUCUUCCACAUAGAGGUGCAGUGUGAGGUCGUGAAGAAAGUGUUUCUCCCACACUUCAUCUGCCUCACAGAGUGUGGAGAUACCAGACCGUGCCUCAUUGCCCAUUUUAAAUCUGGGAAGAUGACCUUGGAGAAACCAACCUUCCUGAUCCCUUUCUAUGCUGUCCUAAAGAAUCCCAGCUUCUCACUGCUUGGGGUGCUCUGGAGGAAGAUGCGUUCAAGCUUCCAUUCCGUGCCUGUGCACUCCCUGGUGCUGAUCUUCCAGCAGCUCAGUGCUGCUAACACGACUCUUCACCUCUACCUCAUCCCGAACGACAAAUCUGUGAAGCAGGCCAUCGAAAAACAAGAAAUGGAUUGGAAGUCAAAGUUUAUUCCCAAGCCUCCCCCACUCAUCCCUCUGUUCUUCGGCUGUGUUUACCGGGUGGCCGCAACAAAUUCUGUGGAGAUAACACCUGACGAACACAUAACAUUGUGCUACAACAGUCCGAAAGAACAGCAGCAAUAUGUGGAGAUCUACAUCAGGAACACGGAUAAUGACACUGAGCUCUCUCUGAGAAACAUACUUAACAACGUCAGGGUCUGGAGGAUAUUACUGCGAUCAGGUGAUAUAAAGCUUCCUCCCCCGGACUGCCACACUCCAUCAGGCGGGUGCAGGACAGCAGCUUCACACCCAGGCACUGCGGGAAUCCCAGCGGGAACAGGAUCGGCCUUUGUGAAGAAGAACAAGACGGAGCUUUGCUCCAGGAUGGUGCAGGUUCCCUCCAUUCUGCUACACCUACGGGAUGUAAACGUCAUUAACAACGACGAAGAAGAGGAGGUGCUCAGCCAAGAUACGAGCCAAAAGAAGAACCGAGUCUUGCUAGAGCUACUGGAGAGGAAAGGCGCGGAGGCCCAGGAACAGCUCUACCAGAUCCUCCGGAAUAAAGACCCGUACCUCAUCGCAGACCUGGAGAAGUCCAGCUAGGCCUGGGAGAGCAGGUUGCAUCUGCUCCCACUGCUCAGCGUGUGUUGGGCUCCAGUGAGCUCCAACUGCCUGGUUUGGCCUCCCUGCCCCAGGUUGGAAAUGAAAACUAAAGCAGCUUUAAUGAAACAAUAAUCUGAAAAAAGAAACCACUGCAAGUACACAAAACCAAUUCAAACUGUGCUUUGUGACCAAACAUCUCCACUGACAGAAAGUCCCGACUGGGCUCAGCGUCAGGCAGGAGCUCGACACGUGAACUGCACUUGGGAACACGUGGGUGGGUUUAGGGCGGGCAGACAGAUGAGGUCCUCCUGAACAUCACCUGUCAAAGAAACAGGGGUGAUCCUUGUGAUCCCUCAGCUUUUAUCCCAAGUGUGAUGUGUAUGGCAUGGAAUACUUCCAGGAUCAGGUUUGGGGCACGUGUCCUGUCUGCCCCUCCCUGCAGGUGCCACCGCGUUGCCACCAGCUCUAGGGUGGUCUUGAUUUCCACAGGAAUAGGGCUGAGCACUGGCCUCUCACUGGAGUGUUCCUGGAGAGAACUAUCGGGCUCACCACCUCCAGGGUCAGGCACUGCCUGAUAUACGCCUUGGUGACUUCCAGAAGCCAAAGUCACUCAGAAGAGGCUUAACUGGAAAACCAGAGGAUACCUUUUAUCUCAGCGCAGAAUGAAAGAGCUGAACCUCCUGGCAGAGCUGUGGGUGUCCAGCCCGGGAGAGCAGCCGCUCCUGCUCCAUCGCUCCGCUGACAGGAGCCAUGGAAGGGCCGUCGGGUUCACUGGCAUAGGAAUCCUGACCUUCCAAAGCCUCUCCUGCCUUUUUGUAUUUUCUCAUUAAAUAUUUUCUAAGCUAUUUCUCCGCACCGUCUCUCGCUCUGUCCCGUGUGAGUGCGUUUUGCGGGGACCGAGGGCCGCACCUGCUGAGCCCGCGGGUCAGGGCAGUUGGGGGCACCA